AUGAAUACUCAAUCAAAACCAUUACUUGGUGGAAAUAAAUUAGGAGGUGGUCUUUUAGGUAAACAAGCAGAUACAGCAGUUCAAGUCGUUAAAUUAUCGGAAAAUCAACGAAUUGAAGAUAUAUCAGAUAGAGAGACAUUAAUGAAGUUUAUCGACGCAUUAAAUAAGAUUAACGGAGUAAGUACAAAGAAAGUAGGUGUUGCGGCUGCAAAACAAGAGAAUAUUGACCUUGAAAAUAAUAAUAUCGAAGAUACAAUUAAAGAAAUAAGGAAAGAGACAGAAGAUAUACUCCUUGGCGAUUUGAUGGGAUUAGCACAUCAGGCUGAUGAUUGCAAAGCAAUUGUUGAAGAAAUUAGAGAAGAUUUUGACACAAAUAGAAAUGAUGUUUCUGUGUCUUCUCAUGCAAGACAAAUUCCUACACCUUUUAUUGUUAGAUAUGUUGGUAGAAUAGAAAGAAAAGCAAUAGAACUCUCAGAAUCACUUGCUUCUUAUGAAAGUCGUUUCCAAACUUCUCAGAACGCAACAGAUGAGAACGAAUACAUCGAAUUUCUUACUCAGCAAACGGAAGCCAUUAAGAGAUUAAGCACAUCCGUUGCAGAAUUGUCAGAUAAAGUUGAUAAUGUUAGAACUCAGUCAAUGAAUAAGCUAAAGAUUAGCGCUAACACAAUUAAAGAACGAGAAGAAGCAGAGGAUGAAGAUAAUUCAUCAGCAACUGCAACACAAAUCAAAAGAAAAUACGAAUUAUUCCUUCAAGAAGAAAAGAAGCAAAAUGAGAAGAUAUCAGAAAAGACAGAUUUGUUUGGUGUCUCCUUAACAGCAGCUUCGGCUCCUCAAAAGACAGGUUUUGGUUUAGGAGGUGGAUUAGGUGGCGGAGGAUUAAAAUCCACAAGCACCGCUACUUCUACAGCUUCUGCUAUCAAAAAGUAA